CUCCUUGAUACCUUAUCUUUAUCUGCAAAAUGCAUUGUACUGCAUCUGCACGUCUUCUUCCGCUUCCCUCUCCCCUCUCUUCUCGCGUCACCAGAACGGAGUUAACAACCCCAAAGUCUUGCUCCAGAGGCUCAAUUCUGACGUGCAGGGCAGUCCAUUCGGCUUCUUCCAUCACAGAGUUCGACCUCUAUGAUCUUCUGGGCAUCGAUAGCUGCUCCGAUCAGUCCCAGAUAACUACCGCUACCCUCCUCCCGCGGUGCCACCCUGACAUUGCUGGCCCCGCUGGCCAUCAAAUGGCCAUCAUUCUGAAUGAAGCCUACGCAGUGCUUUCUGACCCCAGUUCCCGUUUGGCCUACGACAAGGAGCAGAAAAAGAUCGAAGGGUUCAAGGGUUUCACAGGAAGGCCCGUGUACUCAGUUUGGUUCGGGUCGGAAAGCGAGCAGAGAGCAAUAUUCGUGGAUGAAAUAAAAUGCGUUGGCUGCUUAAAAUGUGCUUUGUUAGCAGAGAAGACGUUUGCGAUUGAAUCAGUUUAUGGCAGAGCCAGGGUUGUGGGACAGUGGGCUGAUUCUGAAGACAAAAUCCAAGAGGCCAUAGAUUCCUGUCCUGUCAAUUGCAUUUCAGUUGUUGAAAGGUCCAACCUUGCAGCUCUGGAGUUCUUGAUGUCCAAGCAGCCACGAGGCAAUGUAAGAGUCGGCACAGGCAAUACGGUCGGUGCUCGCGUCUCUAACAUAUUUACAGAAGUGCAGAAAUUCCAAACCAGAUUCCAGGAAGCAAUGGAGAAGGCUUCCAACAAGUCUUCUAAGGUAAUAGACCCUCAGAGAGAAGCAAGGAUAUCAGCAAUUCAAGCAAUCAGAUCAAUCUCUAACUGGUUAUACUGGCGAUCGCCUGUUGCAAGUGGGGCGUCAUCAGGAGGACCCGACAAAAGCCUCACACGCGUUGCACGUAGAUUACCUGAACCAAACAUCGAUAAGCUUCGAGACGCUGCUGCAAGGAAACAGCUCAGCGAGAGCAAAAGGACCAGGUGCCAGAGUUCUGAUGAGGAGUAUUGGGCUCCAUCAGCUUAUGCUCUUCCGUCCUCAACUGAGAAUACCGCAACUCCAAGUUCAGCUGCAAAGCCCUCGUCAUCUCCUCUCGAACAGAAAGAAGCAAAUGAGAGGGAGUCUGAAAUAUAUGAGAAUCAAAAUAACCCAAUCAGAUGGGCAUUCCCAAUGGUCACUGCCAUGAUCGCUGUAGCUACAGUUCGAUUACAUGGUGGGGGGUCAGUCCAUGAAUUGAAUCAACAUGCUGGAGGCUCUCUAGCUCUGGAUAUUGUUAACAGCCCUUGGUCGCAGGGUGUUCUUGCUGCAGCUACAUGGUAUAUGAUUGGAUUGGCAGUAGUAGAUCUUGUGGCUAUUAUCGGCAGAAAAAAUAGAUAGUGCCUCUAUUAGAUGCUUGUAAAUUUAAUGGCCAAGCUAGGCAAGUAGCCCAUAGAUACUUUGGAAUGUAUAAAGUAACAUGAAACACAGAUUGGGAUAUAUAAAAGUAAGUUUUUCAUUAAAAAUAUAAUGGUACACGGUUUCCGCC